AUGCAUACUCUUUUUUCAAAAAGUCUCUACCCUAAACCCAACAACUCAACCUUCCUCUGUUUCUUCUCUUCUCUAUCCUCUCUUACUCACUCUCGCAACUCCAAUCCAAACUCAAACCCCUCCCUCUCCAGUUUCCUUGUCGACUCCGUGACAUUCUCCGCACCACAAGCCGUUUCGAUCUCCAGCCGCUUCCCAUCCGGAAAAUCCCUAGAAAACCCACAAUCCGUGGUUCAAUUUCUCAAACAACUCGGCUUCUCCGAUGCCGACAUUCGGUCCUCCAUUCAGCACAGGCCCCAGAUCCUGUUCUCCGACGUAGACAAGACUUUGAAGCCCAAGCUGCAAUUUUUUCAGGACCUGGGUCUCACUGGUCCUGAUCUGGGUAAGUUCAUUUCAACCAAUUCUCGUGUUUUGCUUUACAGUUUGGAGAGAACAUUGAUACCCUGCGUUGAUAUAAUCAAGAACACCCUCGUAAAUGAUGAAAACAAUCAGGAUUUGAUUCGCGUUCUGCAGGGACGCUAUUUGUUGACCUCCAAAUCCGAAUCGAGGCUGAAAUGCAACAUUGCCUUCUUGGAGUGCUGCGGCAUUGUUGGGUCCCAGCUCUCAUUUCUUUUGAAGAGGCGACCAUGGAUUUUUUCCAUGCAAGAGCCGGCUCUUAGGGACCUAGUUUCACGAGUUUUAGAUAUGGGUUUUUCUGUUGAUUCGAGGAUGUUGGUUCAUGCUGUAUACACGGUUAGUUGCAUGACUGGGGAGACAUUUAGUAGGAAGAUUGAUUUGUUUAGGAGUUUUGGGUUUUCGGAGGAUGAAUGUAUAGAAAUGUUGAGGAGGGCUCCCCGUUUAAUGGGGGCUUCCGAAGCAAAGUUGAAGUUUGGGAUGGAAUUCUUCUUGAAAGAUGUCAAGUUGGAAAGGUCAGUGUUACUUAGGCGGCCUACAUGUUUGAUGUUCAGCAUGGGGGAGAGAAUCCUCCCUCGGUAUAGAGUUUUACAGGUUCUGAAGUGCAAGAGGUCGUUAAAGAAGGAGCCAAGUUUACUUAAGGUAUUGGAUUUGUCGGAAGAGGAGUUUCUAGAGAAAUUUAUAUCAAGGUUUAGAGAUGAUGCAGAGGAACUUUUGGUGGUUUACAAGGGCGAUCCUUUGGAUUCUUGA